AUGUCCCCGAAAUGGGCUUCGCAUGGGGAAAAGGAUGAGCCUGGCUUCAUCCCAGCGCUGCAGGAAAAACUCACUGCAGCGGCCCGAACGCCCAGCACUGCGCGAUUGACGAGUUUCGAGAGUCGUGGGGUGAGGAGUUCUGCAAAGUGGUUGUGGUUCUUUUCCUUGACCGUGUGGGCCGUGUUUACUGCGUUGGUUCUUUUGGAGGAGCCUUUCUGCAUCGAAGAUACUGCAGAGCGAGGGAUCACGCGCGAGCAAUUGGCGAAGAUCGUUGUUUUCAUCUCCAAGAUGGCUGACAGAUGGUGCGAGACUUUCGGAGAACAGCGUGGGACAAGGCUGCAGUUUGAGACCUUCAACCUGUAUGAUGCGAAUCACUGGAUCAUCAAACCAGCCACUGAAGCCUGGAUUUGUUGA